GUAGAUUAAUACAAUUUCUUUUCUUAAAUACGUGCGGUUUUCGGAUAAGUUUGUACAGAUAUGUUUUAGACCAGAGAAAAUUGGCGUCCAUUAUUUCCUCUACCUAAAAAUAUACUUUGUUUUGUCUACUAGUGUUGCGGAGCGUUAUUAAGCCCUCGAACCUGUAGAUACAAUGAGAAAGAAGAAGAUUUUCAUUUAUUUACUGGGCCACGAGAUAAUAGAUAAUAAUAAUAAUAAUCUUUCCCGUAUAUAAAAGUGAAUUAAAUCAAAAAUUUUUUCAAACAAGCUCAGUGUCUUCGAAAUAAGAGAAUCAAAAUUUUCUUAACUUUAAAGAAAUGGCCACCAGCGUUGCGAAAGAAAUCGAUACAGGAUGCUGUACUUGCAUAAAAGCUGCUUUAAACUACAAGCCUUUAUACCAAGUAAUUGAUGGAGACGUUUCAUCGAAAACUUACGGUGAACUGCUAAAAGAGUUAUUGCAAGUGGAUUUAUUAUUUGUUCAGUAUAUUUCCAGUGCCGAAGAAAGCUUGCCACAAAAAAUUUGCGGCAAGUGUGCGAGCUUACUAAAAAAAAUGUAUAUAUUCAUAUUAGAAGCACGGAAGCGGCAUGAAGAGUUAAUGCAAAUUAGCGGUAUUACAAUUCAAAAUUGCUUACAAGAAAUACCUAUCGAUAUGCCUCAACUAAACAAAAUGCAAAUAAAAACGGAUCCUGAAAUAAUUGAAACACAGCAUUGUUUAUUAGAAUUAGUGGAUGUGCAAAUCAAGACCGAACUCGGAGAUGCGGAGAUGCAGUUUUCUCUAUCAAAGAAUAGGAACGGGGGAGCUGAUACACACGACUUGAAUCGUAAUAAUGGUAAUAAAAAAGAACAACAGAUAGUUGGUGACUACCGUUUGGAUAGUAUAAGUAAUGAUGAUAGCGACGUUUGCUCUUUAGCAGAAGAUGUUGUAAAAGAAGAUUUAAAAUUACCGCAGGCAUCACUGGCUGUACGUUGUGACAUUUGUGACAAAGUUUACGAUAACGCCGUAGCUUUAAAAAUACAUAAAACGUAUACCCACAUGCCGGAGGAACAGAAGAUGCCCUGUGCAUUGUGCAGUUAUAAAUCAAGCCGUCCGUCAGCAAUUAAAGUACAUCUAAAAAACAUGCAUGGUCCAGAAACAGUAGACAAAUACUUCAGACCUCGUAGGGUACUGAAAGGUAGUUUGUGUUGCAGCCAAUGUCCGAAACGGUAUAGUCGCAAAGAUCAUUUACAAAAACAUUUCAAGAAAGCUCACCUUGCUGUUGACAACUCGGUGAAAAAGUCAAAUCGCAAACCCAAACAAAGAUCAGAUCAGAUUUACUUGUGCACGUUUUGUGGUCAAUCGUUUGCUGAAAACGGAACGCUGAGUAAACAUAUUCGUAUUCAUACUGGUGAUAAGCCUUUCAAAUGCAACUUUUGUGAGAAAAGCUUCAGGAAUUCCGGAAAUUUAAAAUACCACCUCACGACACAUAGCGAUGAAAAACCACACACUUGCUCGGAGUGCGGCAAAUCAUUUAAACGUAAAGAUAAGCUACGCUCACAUAUGUUAGUACAUUCCGAGCUGCGUCCGUAUAAAUGCAGCGAAUGUGGAAAGACAUUCAAAUACUCGUGCGUGCUAAAAACGCAUAUGCAAAUUCAUAAUAACCAAAUCCAACUUACAUGUAAAACUUGCGGUGAAAGUUUUUCCUUGAGAAGUUCCCUAAACACACAUUGUGCGAAAAGUGGACAUUUACAGCAGUGAGGAAAACUCUGUCUAGCAGAAACAUAUCUGCUUGUUAUUAAAUUAUAUGUGCAAUCUCGUAUUACUUUUGUAUAAAAU